UGACAGUUAAAAAUAAACACGUGUCUUAAUGGGUGUGUCCUGUCUCAUAUGUGGUUAGUUUAGCCUGUACUUCCGGUGAACAACAACAUGCUGUAUUUCAGAUCUCCUCUGAUUUGUUUGGUUUGAGUCCAAGACUUUGCGUCAACAGAUUGAGGACAUAUAAGGAGGAAUAUGUUGUUUUCUAAUGAGACAAGAAAUACAGAAGUUAAGACAGAGAAGAUCGGUCAUCUUACUGUGUUCAUGAAAUAUAUCUUGUGCUUCUGAAAUACUCUCUCAUAAUGAGUAUUUUUAAAUGCGGAACAUGUGGUUCAUAUUGAACACCUGAAAUUGUGGUCUGUGUUGUGAAAAGUGGAAUUCUACCAGAUAUCACCAUUAUUAGCUGAAAUAACCAGUGUGUGAUAUUUAGUUCAGUUACCUGAGAGUAACAGUGUUAUGUGGUUAAUAUUAUGAUUAAUAUUAGGGAAAAGUCUUUAUAUCACAGACAUGUCUUGAAUUGACAAACAUUACUUCAUUGAAACAAACAUUUGAUCAAUGGGACAUUUCUGGAAAUAUGUUCCAAAUUCUACAUCUUCUAAUUCAGAAAUAGCAGUCAAUUCUACUGCAUAUCAUCAUACCAUGUCAUCUUAAAAAAUCCAAAAUAAAGGACACAUUGGACAAUAUAGUCCUGUAUAUUUUGACUACUUCCAAGAAAAGAUGGAAGGGUUAUGGCUCAGCUAUUUGAUUAUGGGACUGCUUGCUCAAUCAGAGUUACCUUGGAGCUGAAGAACAUCUGUAGAAAAUAAAUUCUACUGUUAAGUUUACUGAAGUAAUUUUUAUUUGGCAAGAGAGUUGUUUUAUAAGAAAAGUGUUCACAGGAAAAAAUAAAAACAUUAUUGGUUGGAAAAUAUAAAAAUGGAGGAGAAACCUCAUAUAUGUGAUGUUUGUGGGAAAAUAUUCACCCAUGAAGAUCACUUAACAAUUCAUGUUCGUAUUCACACCGGUGAAAAACCUUACCCCUGUGAUAUUUGUGGGAAAGCCUUUUCUUGUAACAGUUACUUAUCUCAUCAUAAACGUAUUCAUAAAGAAAAGGUACACCACUGUGAAAUUUGUAGGAAAUCAUUUUCUCGUAACAGUGAACUAAUUUAUCAUAUACGUGUUCACACAAGAGAGAAACCAUAUAAGUGUGAUAUCUGUGGGAAAGCAUUUUCACGUAACAAUAAAUUAUCUGAUCAUAAACGCGUUCACACUGGAGAAAAACCAUACCAGUGUGAAAUUUGUGGGAAAGCUUUUUCUCAGAAGAGUGCAUUAACAAAUCAUACUUAUAGUCACACAGGAGAAAAACCUUAUCAAUGUGGGGUCUGUGGAAAAACGUUAUCUUCUAGCAGCACCUUAUCAUGUCAUAAACGUCUUCACAAAGAAAAACGAUUCAGCUGCCAAAUUUGUGAUAGAAAGUUUUCUCGUAACAGCGAAUUAAUUUAUCACAUACGUGUUCACACAGGAGAGAAACCAUAUACAUGUGAAAUCUGUGGGAAGGCUUUUUUGCGAAACACCAAAUUAUCAGUUCAUAAGCGUGUUCACACUGGUGAAAAACCGUACCACUGUGAAAUUUGUGGGCAAACAUUUGCUUGGGACAGUCAAUUAAAAGUUCACAAACAUACCCAUACAGGAGAAAAACCAUACAAAUGUCAAACCUGUGGAAAAGGAUUUUCUUGCAGCAGUGGUUUAUCAGAUCAUAAACGUGUUCACUCUGGAGAAAAACCAUUUAGCUGUGAAUUUUGUGGGAAAGCAUUCCCUCGAAAUAGUGCAUUAACAGAUCAUAGACGUAUCCAUACUGGUGAAAAGCCCUACCACUGUGAAAUCUGUGGUAAAUCAUUUUCCAGUAGCAGCAGUUUGUCAGGGCAUAGUCAUAUUCAUUCUGGUCAAAAAUCAUUCCAGUGUGAUAUUUGUGAGAAAGGGUUUUCAAGAAACAGAAAUUUAUUAUCUCAUUAUCGUGUUCACAUAGGAAAGUGAUAAUCUAAUAUGAAUUUAUUUUGGACUGAAGACAAAUGUAACUGGUAUUUUGUAGGUAUUUUCUCAAAAUUAUUUCUUCUAAUAUAUUUUUAUAUUCAAGGAUUAUUGUUUCUAAAAAUGACAGAGAUACAUAAAAAAUAUUCAAAUUAGGAAAAAGUUCUUAACCUAUGACAGUUGUAGUAUUUUUUGUUGUUACAACCAACCAGUUGUAACAAUAAAACAAAUAUGUUAUGUACUAUUUUUCAUCAUUGCUAAAUUGUUUAAAUCCUUUUCUCUGUGUGUGUGAAUGUAUAUUGAUAUAUGAUGCAUAUUUGUACAUGCAGGCUUGGCACUGUGAUAAGAAGUUUGUUUCCCAACCACAUGGUCUCAGUUUCAGUUUCACUGCAUGACACUUUGGUCAAGUACCUCCUACUAUAGGCUCUGCCUGACCAAAGCUUUGUGAAUGAAUUUGAUAGACAGAAACAAUGAAGCCUGUUGUAUAUAUAUAUAUGUGUGUGUGUGUUACUGUCUUCAUGUAGUAGUUGUAAACAAAUAUCACCAUCAUGUAAGUGGGGUCCUUCAUUUCCAACCAUCUGUGAAAGUAAUGUCUGGUCAUGGGAAAUAUUACCUCACUUGGAAACCGGUAAGGGUUGAUGACAGGAAGGACAUCCUGCUGUGGAAAACAAACUCCGUCCAACCCAUGCAAAUAUGGGAUAUUAAAUGGUGAUAUGUAUGUGUGAGUCUGUAUAGCUGCAGGUUUUAUUUACUCAUUUCUAAAUAUAACCACUGGAGAAAUAAUAUAUUGAAAUUAUUGGAACAUUGCAAUAGAUAUAUUUCAACCAAGUGGAGUUUGUAUGUCUACGUUUAUUUCUAUAUAGUGAGGCACAGGCAUACUUCUGUGUUGUAAGAAGUUCACUUCUCAACCAAAUAGUUUUGUGUUCAGUUCCUCCACAUGAUACCUUGGACAGGUGUCUUUUAGUAUGGCCUCAGAUCGACCAAAGCCUUGUGAGUAGAUUUGAUAGACAGAUGUGUGUGUGUGUGUAUACAUACAGUGAGUAGAUUUGAAAGACGUGUGUGUGUAUACAUAUGUACACAUAUAUGUAUGUUUGUGUAUAUGUGUGUCCUUGUUUGACAUCAUGUGAUAGUUGUAAACAAAUGUCACUGUCAAAUUAUCCGUAUCCUUUGUUUCCUAUCAUAUAUGGAAAUAUGUCUUGCUUGGUGACAGGACGAACAUCUGGCUAUUGAAAGCCUGCCUCAGCAAAUUCUGUUUGACCCAUGCAAGCAUAGAAAAAUAGAUGCUGAAACAAUAAUGAUAUAAACUGCUGUUAUUAUUAAAACACCUGCUGAAACUCUUGGACUAUGUAAACACGCUUAUCUCCAAACACUUGGUCCAUUCAUUCUGCUUGUGUAUUUGUAUAUUAUGCAUUUCAAACCACAUUUAUCAAAGUAUAUUCUCAUUCUAAAAUUAUAUUUUAUAAAGAGAUGAAAUUAAAAAUCAUUUUUACAGCAAAAUGUUUUCUCUAUUUUA